AUGUGCUCCAUCAUCCACGGUCAAAAUGGAGAAGGAGGAGGGGGGGGAGGAGGUGGUUCUAUCCGCCCAGGAGCGCUUCAGUUCCCGUGUGCAGACUGGUCUCAGCCCGGUGUCAGCUCCGCGGCUCCAUCACUGAUCCUGCCCCGGACUCUGGGCCUGUCUGCCCGGGUGUUCGGUCCCCAUGCCCCGCAGAGUGUGUGCCGUAUGUGUCUGCGGUGGUGGAGAGAGCUCACCUCAGGAGCUCACCUCAGGAGCUCACCUCAGAGAGCUCACCUCAGGAGCUCACCUCAGGAGCUCACCUCAGGAGCUCACCUCAGGAGCUCACCUCAGGAGCUCACCUCAGGAGCUCACCUCAGGAGCUCACCUCAGGAGCUCACCUCAGAGAGCUCACCUCAGGAGCUCACCUCAGAGAGCUCACCUCAGGAGCUCACCUCAGGAGCUCACCUCAGGAGCUCACCUCAGAGAGCUCACCUCAGAGAGCUCACCUCAGGAGCUCACCUCAGGAGCUCACCUCAGGAGCUCACCUCAGGAGCUAUUCACAUAUUUGGAGAAGCCGGACUCAUAACUAUCGAUGUCAGUGUUAACACAGCAGUGAUUCUCAUGAGCCCACUCUGCACCUGUCUGCGCCACUCUGCACCUGUCUGCGCCACUCUGCACCUGUCUGCGCCACUCUGCACCUGUCUGCGCCACGCGCUCAGCAGUUGGUCAAAAAAGUGA